GCCCGAGCCCGCGCCGCCCGCCGAGCCCCGGAGCCCGAGCGGAGCGGCGGAGCCGAGACGGCGGCGGCGCCCGUGGGAUGCGGGGAUCGCGCCCCCGGGGCCGCUGAGCCUGCGCCCAGUGCCCCGAGCCCCGCGCCGAGCCGAGUCCGCGCCGAGCCUCAGCCGCCCAUCCCGGGGCCCGGGCCGGGGGACCAGCAGGCCACGCGAGGACCGCCUGUGCCCCAGAAGCAGGAUGAGAAGAUGGCACACUUCCUGUUACCUCGGGGCACCAGCAGCUUCCGCAGGUUCACCCGGGAGUCCCUGGCGGCCAUCGAGAAGCGCAUGGCGGAGAAACAAGCCCGGGGCUCGGCCGCCUCGCAGGAGAGCCGGGAAGGGCUGCCCGAGGAGGAGGCUCCCCGGCCCCAGCUGGACCUGCAGGCCUCCAGAAAGCUGCCGGAUCUCUACGGCAACCCUCCCCGAGAGCUGAUCGGGGAGCCCCUGGAGGACCUGGACCCCUUCUACAGCACCCAAAAGACCUUCAUCGUGCUGAAUAAAGGCAAGACCAUCUUCCGGUUCAGUGCCACGAAUGCCUUGUAUGUCCUCAGUCCCUUCCACCCUAUCCGGAGAGCGGCUGUGAAGAUUCUGGUUCAUUCAUUCUUCAGUAUGCUCAUCAUGUGUACCAUCCUGACCAACUGUGUGUUCAUGGCCCAGCACGACCCCCCGCCCUGGACCAAGUAUGUUGAGUAUACCUUCACUGCCAUCUAUACCUUUGAGUCUCUGGUCAAGAUUCUGGCUCGAGGGUUCUGCCUCCACGCGUUCACCUUCCUUCGGGACCCAUGGAACUGGCUAGACUUCAGUGUGAUUGUCAUGGCGUAUGUAUCAGAAAAUAUAAAACUAGGCAAUUUGUCGGCUCUUCGAACUUUCAGAGUCCUGAGAGCUCUAAAAACUAUUUCAGUUAUCCCAGGUCUGAAGACCAUCGUGGGGGCCCUGAUCCAGUCCGUGAAGAAGCUGGCCGAUGUGAUGGUCCUCACGGUGUUCUGCCUCAGUGUCUUCGCCCUCAUCGGCCUGCAGCUCUUCAUGGGCAACCUGAGGCACAAGUGUGUCCGCAACUUCACGGCACUCAACGACACCAACGGUUCCGUGGAGGCCGACGGCCUGGUCUGGAAGUCGCUGGACCUCUACCUCAACGACCCAGAAAAUUACUUGCUCAAGAAUGGCACCUCCGACGUGUUACUGUGUGGGAACAGCUCUGAUGCCGGGACAUGCCCAGAGGGUUACCGCUGCCUGAAGGCGGGAGAGAACCCUGACCACGGCUACACGAGCUUCGACUCCUUCGCCUGGGCCUUCCUCGCGCUCUUCCGCCUGAUGACGCAGGACUGCUGGGAACGCCUCUACCAGCAGACCCUGAGGUCUGCAGGGAAGAUCUACAUGAUCUUCUUCAUGCUGGUCAUCUUCCUGGGCUCCUUCUACCUGGUGAACCUGAUCCUGGCUGUGGUUGCCAUGGCCUACGAGGAGCAAAACCAAGCCACCAUCGCUGAGACCGAGGAGAAGGAAAAGCGCUUCCAGGAAGCCAUGGAGAUGCUCAAGAAAGAGCAUGAGGCCCUCGCCAUCAGGGGUGUGGAUACCGUGUCCCGCAGCUCCUUGGAGAUGUCCCCUUUGGCCCCAGUAACCCAUGAAAGGAGACACAAGAGGAGCAAACGAAUGUCUUCAGGGACAGAGGAGUGUGGAGACGACAGGUUCCCCAAAUCCGACUCGGAGGACGGUCCCAGAGCAAUGAACCGUCUGAGCAGCGCCCAUGGCCUCAGCAGGACCUCCGUGAAGCCACGCUCCAGCCGUGGGAGCAUUUUCACCUUUCGCAGGCGAGACCUGGGCUCGGAGACAGAUUUUGCAGAUGAUGAAAACAGCACAGCGGGGGACAGCGAGAGCCACCGCACGUCACUGCUCGUGCCGUGGCCUCUGCGCCGGCCUAGUGCCCAGGGACAGCCCAGUCCCGGGACUUCGGCUCUCAGCCACGCCCUCAAUGGUAAAAGGAACAGCACCGUGGACUGCAACGGAGUGGUCUCCUUGCUGGGGACAGGCGACCCUGAGGCCACCUCCCCGGGGAGCCGCCUGCUCCGCCCUGUGAUACUGGAUCGCCCCCCAGACACGACCACCCCGUCGGAGGAGCCGGGCAGGCCCCAGAUGCUGAACCCCCAGGCUCCACGUGCCGAUGGCUUCGAGGGACCGGGAGAGCGACAGCGGGCGCUCAGCGCAGUCAGUGUUCUCACCAGCGCCCUGGAAGAGUUGGAAGAGUCUCACCGCAAAUGUCCACCAUGCUGGACCCGCUUCGCCCAACGCUACCUGAUCUGGGAAUGCUGCCCGCUGUGGAUGUCCAUCAAGCAGAGAGUGAAGUUCAUGGUCAUGGAUCCAUUCGCUGACCUCACCAUCACUAUGUGCAUCGUCCUUAACACGCUCUUCAUGGCACUGGAGCACUACAACAUGACAACUGAAUUCGAGGAGAUGCUGCAGGUUGGAAACCUGGUCUUCACGGGGAUCUUCACGGCAGAGAUGACCUUCAAGAUCAUCGCUCUGGACCCCUACUACUAUUUCCAGCAGGGUUGGAACAUCUUCGACAGCAUCAUUGUCAUCCUGAGCCUCAUGGAGCUGGGCCUGUCCCGCAUGGGCAACCUGUCAGUGCUGCGCUCCUUCCGCCUGCUGCGUGUCUUCAAGCUGGCCAAGUCGUGGCCCACGCUGAACACCCUCAUCAAGAUCAUCGGGAACUCAGUGGGGGCGCUGGGGAACCUGACGCUGGUGCUGGCCAUCAUCGUGUUCAUCUUCGCCGUGGUGGGCAUGCAGCUCUUUGGCAAGAACUACUCGGAGCUGAGGCACCGCAUCAGCGACGCGGGCCUGCUGCCUCGCUGGCAUAUGAUGGACUUCUUCCACGCCUUUCUCAUCAUCUUCCGCAUCCUCUGUGGGGAGUGGAUCGAGACCAUGUGGGACUGCAUGGAGGUGUCCGGCCAGUCGCUGUGCCUGCUGGUCUUCUUGCUUGUUAUGGUCAUUGGCAACCUUGUGGUCCUGAACCUCUUCCUGGCUUUGCUGCUCAGCUCCUUCAGUGCAGACAACCUCACGGCCCCCGACGACGACGGGGAGAUGAACAACCUCCAGUUGGCCCUGGCACGCAUCCAGCGCGGCCUGCGCUUCCUCAAGCGGACCACCUGGGACUUCUGCUGUGGGCUCCUACAGCGGCGGCCUCAGAAGCCCGCGGCCCUUGCCGCCCACGGCCAGCUGCCCCGCUGUGUGGCCGCCUCCGGCUCCCCACCCCCACCGCCCCCAGAGCCAGAGAAGGCGCCUCCGGCCCGCAAGGAGACGCGGUUUGAGGAAGACAAGCGGCCAGGCCAGGGCACCCCGGGGGAUACAGAGCCUGUGUGUGUGCCCAUUGCCGUGGCUGAGUCAGACACGGACGAGCAAGAGGAGGAGGAGGAAAACAGCCUGGGCACAGAGGAAGAGUCCAGUAAGCAGCAGGAAUCCCAGCCUGUUUCCGGCAGCCCAGAGGCCCUCCCAAAGCCCAGGGCCUGGAGCCAGGUGUCAGAGACCCCCUCCUCCGAGGCCGAGGCCAGUGUGGCUCAGGCAGACUGGCGGCAGCAGCGGAGAGUGGAGCCCCCGGCCCCAGGGUGCAGUGAGACUCAGGAGGACAGUUACUCGGAAGGGAGCACAGCAGACAUGACCAACACUGCUGACCUCCUGGAGCAGAUCCCUGACCUGGGUGAGGAUGUCAAGGACCCAGAGGACUGCUUCACCGAAGGCUGCGUCCGGCGCUGUCCUUGCUGCGCCGUGGACACCACGCAGGCCCCGGGGAAGGUCUGGUGGCGGCUGCGCAAGACCUGCUAUCGCAUCGUGGAGCACAGCUGGUUCGAGACAUUCAUCAUCUUCAUGAUCCUGCUCAGCAGCGGAGCACUGGCCUUCGAGGACAUCUACCUAGAGGAGCGGAAGACCAUCAAGGUUCUGCUGGAGUAUGCUGACAAGAUGUUCACCUACGUCUUCGUGCUGGAGAUGCUGCUCAAGUGGGUGGCCUACGGCUUCAAGAAGUACUUCACCAACGCCUGGUGCUGGCUGGACUUCCUCAUCGUGGACGUCUCACUGAUCAGCCUGGUGGCCAACACCCUGGGCUUCGCAGAGAUGGGCCCCAUCAAGUCACUGCGGACGUUGCGUGCUCUCCGACCCCUGCGAGCCCUGUCCCGAUUUGAGGGCAUGAGGGUUGUGGUCAAUGCCCUGGUGGGCGCCAUCCCCUCCAUCAUGAACGUCCUCCUCGUCUGCCUCAUCUUCUGGCUCAUCUUCAGCAUCAUGGGCGUGAACCUCUUUGCGGGGAAGUUUGGGCGGUGCAUCAACCAGACUGAAGGAGACCUGCCUUUGAACUACACCAUCGUGAACAACAAGAGUGACUGUGAGUCUUUCAAUGUGACUGGCGAAUUAUACUGGACCAAGGUGAAAGUCAACUUUGACAACGUAGGGGCCGGGUACCUGGCCCUUCUGCAGGUGGCAACAUUUAAAGGCUGGAUGGACAUUAUGUAUGCGGCUGUGGACUCCAGGGGGUUUGAAGAGCAGCCCCAAUGGGAAUACAACCUCUACAUGUACAUCUACUUCGUCAUUUUUAUCAUCUUCGGGUCUUUCUUCACCCUGAACCUUUUCAUCGGUGUCAUCAUUGACAACUUCAACCAACAAAAGAAAAAGUUAGGGGGCCAGGACAUCUUCAUGACAGAGGAGCAGAAGAAGUACUAUAAUGCCAUGAAGAAGCUGGGCUCCAAGAAGCCCCAGAAGCCCAUCCCUCGGCCCCUGAACAAGUACCAGGGCUUCCUGUUUGACAUUGUGACCAAGCAAGCCUUCGAUGUCACCAUCAUGUUCCUUAUCUGCUUGAACAUGGUGACCAUGAUGGUGGAGACAGAUGACCAGAGCCCCGAGAAGGUCAACAUCUUGGCCAAGAUCAACCUGCUGUUCGUAGCCAUCUUCACAGGCGAGUGUAUCAUCAAGAUGGCUGCCCUGCGUCACUAUUAUUUCACCAACAGCUGGAACAUCUUCGACUUCGUGGUUGUCAUCCUCUCCAUCGUGGGCACUGUGCUCUCAGACAUCAUCCAGAAGUACUUCUUCUCCCCAACGCUCUUCCGAGUCAUCCGCCUGGCCCGAAUCGGCCGCGUCCUCAGGCUGAUCCGAGGGGCCAAGGGGAUCCGCACGCUGCUCUUUGCCCUCAUGAUGUCCCUGCCUGCCCUCUUCAACAUAGGGCUGCUGCUCUUCCUCGUCAUGUUCAUCUACUCCAUCUUCGGCAUGGCCAACUUCGCCUACGUCAAGUGGGAGGCUGGCAUCGACGACAUGUUCAACUUCCAGACCUUCGCCAACAGCAUGCUGUGCCUCUUCCAGAUCACCACGUCGGCCGGCUGGGACGGCCUCCUCAGCCCCAUCCUCAACACGGGGCCCCCCUACUGCGACCCCAAUCUGCCCAACAGCAACGGCUCCCGGGGGAACUGUGGGAGCCCGGCCGUGGGCAUCCUCUUCUUCACCACCUACAUCAUCAUCUCCUUCCUCAUCGUGGUCAACAUGUACAUCGCCAUCAUCCUGGAGAACUUCAGUGUGGCCACGGAGGAGAGCACUGAGCCCCUGAGCGAGGACGACUUCGACAUGUUCUAUGAGAUCUGGGAGAAGUUCGACCCGGAGGCCACCCAGUUCAUCGAGUACUCGGCCCUGUCCGACUUCGCCGACGCCCUGUCCGAGCCGCUGCGCAUCGCCAAGCCCAACCAGAUAAGCCUCAUCAACAUGGACCUGCCCAUGGUGAGCGGGGACCGUAUCCACUGCAUGGACAUCCUCUUCGCCUUCACCAAGAGGGUUCUGGGUGAGUCCGGGGAGAUGGACGCCCUGAAGAUCCAGAUGGAGGAGAAGUUCAUGGCGGCCAACCCGUCCAAGAUCUCCUACGAGCCCAUCACCACCACGCUGCGGCGCAAGCACGAGGAGGUGUCGGCCACCGUCAUCCAGCGGGCCUUCCGGAGGCACCUGCUACAGCGCUCCAUGAAGCACGCCUCCUUCCUCUUCCGCCAGCAGGCAGGCAGCAGCGGCCUCUCCGAAGAGGACGCCCCCGAGCAAGAGGGCCUCAUCGCCCACGUGAUGAACGAGAACUUCUCCCGGCGCCGCGGCCCGCCCUCCACGUCCUCCACGUCCUCCCCACCCUCCUAUGACAGCGUCACCAGGGCCACCAGCGAUAACCCCCAGGUGAGGGUGUCCGACUGCAGCCGCAGCGAGGACCUCGCGGACUUCCCCGCCUCCCCAGACCGGGACCGCGAGUCUAUCGUGUGAGCCGCACCCCGGCCGGCCAGGACGCGCCGGGAGGCAGCCACGAGCCAGCACCCCCUGGGCCCUCCUUGCUUUGGGCUCCGGCGUGGGAGACGGGCCUCGGCCCCACGGAUCGACGACGCGGAGUUCUUUCUGUGGCCGCCACGCCGCCGGCCAGAGGCCGUCGGCCGAGCCGACCAGCCGGGGCACAGGCCGGUGGCCGGGUCUGGCCAGGCGACACCCCGGCGCUCUGCGAGGCAGCGCUCUCCCAGCUGCUGAGGCGAAGUACAAAGCUGAGACUGUACGUGUCGUGAAUGGGCUUUCAUAAAUUUAUUAUAUUUGAUAUUUUUUUACUCGGGCAGAGAACUAACGUUUUUUCCACGGACGUCGGCAGUAAUUCACUCUGCCUUUUCUUCACUCCAAACGGGAGUGUCUGUGGAGCUGCUGGAGGUCUGUUCUCAAAGCAAAAGUGAAACCCAGGAGGGGUUUCCCCUGCUGCUUGGGCCGUGGUGCCAGGAGGGCCGACCCCCUUGCCUCA